GGGCAUGGGAAUGGUAGCUCAUCAUCUCCAAAUUUAAACCUCGUCACACAAACAUUUAUGAAACACAGAGAGAGAGAGAGAGUUGGAUCAUCCUUCACGGUUCACUUCACCCACUCCAUUAUUGCUCUUGAGGUCCGAAACAUAUAAACCCCACACUAGCAGAGACAAGGGACCAAACUUAAUUUCUCUACUCACACACUUGUCUUGGCUACUUUGCAACAGUACCAGAGCUCAGUCACUCAAAUGAAAGACCAAGAUGCACCACCGACACUCAUCUCUAUUCCCUCACCAACCACCACAACUCCUCUGAUCAGAAAACCGGACAGCUCACCGUCGUCGUCAAAAGCAGCUCGACUGUUUGUUGUCAAGAAUCGUUACAAGUUGUGGGUUCUAGCUGCGAUUCUCUUGCUUGCUUUCUGGUCUAUGUUCACCGGCUCCGUCACCCUCAGAUGGUCCGCUGGCAACUUAACCGGCCUUUCCGACGACCUCAACAUCCCUACUUAUGACGAUCUUGAUAUUCUGGAAGUGGAGGACAGAGAGAAGGUGGUGAGGCACUUGUGGGAUUUGUACACGCAGAGGCAGAGCGGGUCAGGUAGGAAAAGCACGACCCGACUGCCUCGGUUUUGGCAGGAGGCUUUUGAAGCAGCUUAUGAUCCUUUGAGCAGUGAUGUUCCUGCUGUGAGAAACGCUGCUGUUUCUGAGAUUGCUAAGAUGUCCAUUCGCUUCAUCAAUGUUGUUGAUCCUUUUCCACUUCAAUCCAAGGGCAUUAGGGAACAACUGAAAAGGAAGAUCAAGGAAACCAAGAAAAGCAAGGAGAUAGGGAGCAAUUCAUAACUAAAAUCAGUUCCAUGUAUUUGCUUCUGCACAUCAAUGCACCGCCAUUAGCUCAAGCAAUGGUGAUAUCUAACUGCGUGUGUGUAGAUUUCGUUUUCACCCAUGAAAUUGGGUUAGUUACUUGUAUACAUUUAUAGUUAAAAAUGCUAUUAUCAGUGAAGGGAUUCUGGAAAGUUGCUAGUCUUGUAUUGCUGAAAGCCAAAUCAAUCGGCAAUGAUCAAAAUGCACCAAAUCUGCAAUUUUCAGAUUCUCAAUAACAGAAACUGUUAUUG